AUGGCAUCUUCCAUAGUUGGGCCCAUCAUUGGUCCGAGCCCGGCCGUUGAGCUGGCUCCUGCGGCCGCCGGCUGUGUCAGUCGCGUGGCAGACGGGUCGGCUGGGGUCCCCGAAGGGUGGCCCAAGUUUCUCGACGAGCCUAUGGCUUGGGUUGGUGCUCAAUUCACGGAUGAAUCGGAAUUCAUCCACUCUCUGAGCGAAUCCGAUCUACAGGAAGUUGAGAAUGCUUUGCUGGUCUUUAAAGCCUUGGGACUUGACGGGGAUUGUGUUUCCCGAGACAACUUCCCUCUUCCCACUCUGGGACCAAGACUGGAUCGUAUCCGCCAAGACGUCCACCAAGGCAAGGGCUUCGGUGUCAUUCGUGGCCUCGAUCCUCAAAUCCAUAUUGUCGCCGACAACUCCUCCAAGCUCAAGGCCGGUCACCAUCGACACUCCACCUCCCCCAUCACCUUCCACAACGAGGAAGCUGGUGACAUAGUCAGUUGGCUCACACGUAGCACCGCUGUUUCUGGAGGCAAAUGCAUCAUCGCCUCAGCCUACACGGUCUACAAUGUUCUUGCUACUAGCCGCCCGGACAUAGUCCGCACUCUUGCUCGCUCUGACUGGCCAUUCGCCCUACCCCGUUUCCAAUGCCGACCAGUCCUCUUUCAUCACGAAGGGAAAGUGUUGAUAAACUUUGGGCGUGUAGCUCUUACGGGGAAUGCUAUUCACCCACGCCCUACCAACCUUCCCGCCGUUACGCCACGCCAGAUGGAGGCAUUGGACUCCAUCGAGAACAUUGCCAAGGCGACUCAGCUGGAGAUCAGCACACGUGCAGGUGACAUGCAUUUCAUCAACAACCUCACAAUCUUGCAUCGCCGAGAAGGCUUCGUCAACGGUGAGGCUGCCCAGGAACGUCGACACUUGGUACGCAUGAGACUCCGCGACGAUGAGCUGGGAUGGAAGCUCCCUGUAGACCUGAGACAAGAAUGGUCCGCUGCUUUCGACAAGGCAACACCCAAGAUCUGGCACAUUGAGCAAAUGCCAGACGGUUUCUUCCCCCUCAGGUCUCAGGCCAACUAA